CAUUCACCCCUAUCCUUAACUCGACACACAUCCCCACAAAUGACACCAUCCUUUCCCCUCCAGCGUAGCGUUAACGGAAACUAUGUGCGCACUACGCACCCUACGCAAUUUCCGUCCGGCCAAUGCCCUCCUCUCCAUCGCAAUUCCCAAAUAAAAAACCCUAAUUAAUGGCCAUGCCCCUUCUUUUCGUCUUCAGUUGCUUCUUUGGAGCUCACAGAAGAUUCAAGUUUUAACUUCUCCUUCUCAAUUUUCGCUUUCUCCUUUCCAGCUUGGGAUUUUUUGUUUGCGAAUUUUGACUGAAAAACCCUAGAAGCUCGACAGCUUCCAUUUCCAAGCUCCGAGUUUUCUUUUCACUUAUCUGGGUUUUUUCCUUUUCGAAUUUGAACUGAACAUCCUGAUCCCGAGAGCUCAAAUUUCAAGCUUGGGAUUGUAAUUUCACUGUUUUAGAUUUGUUUGACCUAAUCAGUGGCUAAAUAUCCCAAAUUUCAUUGUUUUUGGCUCGAGAAUUCGUCCCGUUGGUUUGUGCUAUGAAGAAGCUGUGAUUGUUUCAGAGGAAUAGCAGGAAAAGCUUUCAAAUUUCGUCGAAAUGUCGGUCGAGAGGUCCUUCGAAGCUUGGGAGGAGGUGCAGCGCCAUGGGCAGGACUUGGCGGAUCGCCUCACGCAGGGAUUCACGGGUUUGAUUCAGUCUCAUAUCACUCCGCCGUCGUUUCAUUGGCCAAGCCCUAACACAUCGAAACUCUUCGACCUUGAAUUCCCGAACCAGAGUUUUGGUCAGAGGGAUUUUGUUGGGUUGGUGGCUGAGAACCCGGGCAUUAAUGGGGUUUCGGCGAUUCUGGAUAUCGGUAACAGGAUUGGACAAGCAGGGGCGGAUUUUGGUGCGUGCUUGAAUGGGAUGGUUCAGCAGUUCUUUAGGACCUUACCUGUACCGUUUAGGCAUGAUGAGAAUGUUGAUUUGGCAGUAAUUCGGAUGGAUUCGGAUAAGGUUAAGCAGAGAGCCGAUAUGAUUUUGAGUGGUACGGAAGAUUUGGGGCCACUGAAGGAACGGUUGAAGGAUUUCAGGGCUGUGGAGAGUGAUGGUGGCUCUGAUGGUGUGGUGGAUGAAGAACUUGGUGGCUUGAAUCUAAGGUCCGCUGGUGUUCUGGGUAGACCGCUGGGGACUGUAAAUACCACCACAAGUUAUGAUACUAGAACCCGUAAGCUGGAAAGUUCUUUCCUUGCAAGGGGAGACUUAUGGAGAGUAGAGGCUUCUAGUGGCAGUUCCACAUCUAGAAAUGACAAUUCAUCACUUUUCCUUGUCCAGCUUGGGCCGGUACUCUUUGUUCGUGAUGCAACUCUUCUUCUUCCUGUGCAUUUGUCAAAGCAACACCUACUUUGGUAUGGCUAUGAUAAGAAGAAUGGGAUGCAUUCUCUUUGUCCGGCCGUGUGGUCAAAACACAGAAGGUGGCUCUUAAUGUCAAUGGUCUGCCUGAAACCUUUAGCCUGUUCAUUUGUUGAUUUACAGUUUCCAAACGGGCAAUUUACAUAUAUAUCUGGUGAAGGACUUAGUACAAGUGCUUUCUUACCUCUUUGUGGUGGCCUUCUACAAGCUCAAGGUCAAUAUCCUGGAGAAAUGAGAUUCAGUUUCUCUCGCAAGAAUAAGUGGGGAACACGCAUCACACCUGUGAUACAAUGGCCAGACAAGUCUUUUACACUAGGUCUUUCACAAGCCUUGGCUUGGCAGCGAUCUGGUCUCAUGGUGAGGCCUACAAUACAGUUCAGUUUAUGUCCCACUUUUGGCGGAAGCAAUCCUGGUUUGCGGGCAGAGCUCAUUCACUCAGUGAAGGAGCAGCUGAAUCUGAUAUGUGGUUGUGCAUUCACAGCACAUCCUUCUGCUUUUGCUUCAGUAUCGGUUGGCAGAUCCAAGUGGAAUGGAAAUGUCGGGGACUCGGGGAUCGUAUUAAGAGUGGAUACUCCUCUUUCCAAUGUUGGUCGACCUUACUUCUCGAUUCAGUUAAAUAAUGUUCUCGAAUUUUGAUUGCAUAGGCCCAUGGAGUGUGCAAAAUGCAAGUGUAUAUAUUCAGUCUCAAGCUCUGAAAACAAUACCACAUGUGAAUAUGUGAAUCAUGUUCUACUGCUAAUUAUACCAAUGUUACCUGUUUCACUGCUUA